AUGGCAGUCUUCAGCCAAACAUGGACGCUAACUAAGAAGAACCUGCGCAUUGUCGCGCUCCGGCACCCGUUUUCGACUGUUCUGCGCGCCGUCCUCUUGCCUAUCUUGUUUAUGUUUUUUAUUUCCUAUGCUAAGAACUUCUUCGUCCCGCCCUCGAGUUUCGGCAUCGGCUCCGCCACGCCCGUCCGCUCGCUGGAGAAUGCCCUGGACGCCGCACAAGGAGGUCGCAACAAGGUCGUGUUCGUGAACAAUGGCUUGACUGGCGGGGACGUCGAGACGGUCAUCAAUUCCGUGUCGGAGACGGUGCGUUCUGCCGGCAGGCAGGUUGCGGUGGUGCAGAGCGACCUCGACCUGCUCACCGAAUGCCCAAGCUCCCUGCGUGGCGUUUCGACGUGCUUUGCCGCGGCCAACUUCCAUUCUUCCCCCAGCGAGGGCACCGGUGGCAUCUGGAACUACACGCUGAGGGCUGACGGUGCUUUGGGCGAGCGCAUUUACGUCGAGAACCACGACAACGAUGCCGAGCUGUAUAUUCUUCCUUUCCAACAUGCCAUUGACUCCGAGAUUGCCUCUAUCAGUGGCUCCUCGCUGCCCAGUUCGGUCAACGAAUAUCCCUUCACUCCUAGGACCGCCGAGGAGCGCGCUGACCAAAUCCGGCACUCGUAUAUGGGAGCCCUCAUCAACAUCCUGGCUGUGGCCUUCUUCAUUGGCAUCUGCGGAAUCACCUACCAGCUGACCGGCCACAUGGCCUCGGAGCGGGAGCUCGGCAUGUCGCAGCUGAUUGAGGCCAUGACCCCGAACAAGCACGUCUGGCACACGCAGAUGGCUCGUCUGCUUGCCAAUCAUCUGGCCUUUGACAUAAUCUAUCUCCCGAGCUGGAUCAUCAUGGCUGCCAUCAUGCGCGCGCUCGUGUUCCCAUCCUGCAGCUACGGCGUCAUUAUCAUCUACCACCUGCUGGCAGGCCUGGCGCUCUCCAGCUUCUCCAUCCUGGGCGGCAGUCUGUUCCACAAGGCGCAGCUCUCCGGCAUCAUCGUCGUGAUUGUGUCAAUCGUCCUGGCCGUCAUUGCGCAGGUCACCAAGACGCGGUCGGCCGGUGCCGUCGCCAUCUUGAGUUUGCUGUUCCCGCCGAUGAACUACACCUACUUCAUGAUCCUGCUCGCCCGCUUCGAGCGGCAGGACAGAGCCGCGAACCUCGUCGAGGGCGCACCGAAGAGCCCGUGGCAGCUGCCUGGCAUAGCGUUCUGGGUGUUUUUGAUCAUACAAAUCUUCGUCUUCCCGGCCAUUGGCGCCUUUGUCGAGAGGUCGCUCUAUGGCACGGCCUCGAAGACGCGCAAGAUGACGCUUGACUCUGCCGAUGGGCCUCCAGUCUCGAUCAAGCUGACCAACUUCACCAAGCGUUGGCAGCCCAGCUGGUGGCAUCGCAAAGUCAUGCGCCGGCUCGGUGCCGCGCCCAAGGAAACAGUUCUGGCCGUCAACGACUUGAGCCUUUCUGCACUGAGGGGCCAAAUCAUGGUCCUCCUCGGCGCCAACGGCUCCGGGAAGAGCACGACCUUGGACGCCAUCUCGGGCCUCAACACCAUCUCGAGCGGAACCAUCGAAGUGGACGGCAACGGCGGCUUGGGACUGUGCCCGCAGAAGAACGUCAUGUGGGAUGAGCUGACCGUGUUCGAGCACGUCAAGAUUUUCAACAGGCUCAAAGCCCCGUCGUCGACGCGGGACUCGAAGGAACAGAUCACCGGGCUCAUCCGCUCGUGCGACCUGGCCCACAAGGUGAACGCCAAAGCGGGAACGCUCUCGGGCGGCCAGAAGCGCAAGCUGCAGCUCGCCAUGAUGUUCACCGGCGGCAGCCGUGUCUGCUGCGUCGACGAGGUCAGUUCGGGCAUCGAUCCGCUGUCGCGCAGGAAGAUUUGGGACAUUCUGCUGGCUGAGCGCGGAGCCCGCACCAUGCUGCUCACGACGCAUUUCUUGGACGAAGCGGAUUUCCUGUCCGACUUCAUCGUGGUGCUGUCGAGGGGCAACCUCAAGGCCGAGGGCACGGCGGUCGAGCUCAAGCACAAGCUGGGCGGUGGAUAUCGCAUCGUGUUCGACAAUGCGCUCGUGCAGCAUGCCCCGAAGGCGCUCGAGAAUACUCCACGCAAGGUUCUUUUCGAUAAGACGGUUUACGAGGUCCCGGAUUCGGCACAGGCCAGUGUCCUGACGGCCGCGCUGGAGCGUGAGGGCAUAACGCAAUACCAGGUCAACGGGCCUACCAUUGAAGACGUGUUCCUGAAGCUGGCAGAGGAGAUUCACGAGCAGAGUUCUGAGCCGGAAACAGUUGUGCAGGAGGCUAACGCCAAGACGCUCGAUAAUGCCGACCCCAGCAAGGCUUCGGAUUCAGAUCCCGGCUUGGAGGUGAAGACGGAGAAAGACCAGCUGGAGAUGACGACGGGCAGGGGGACAGGCCUCGUCACGCAAACGUGGGUGCUCUUCCUCAAGCGUCUCGCCAUUGUCCGCCGCAACUGGCUGCCCUAUGCUGUGGCAGUUCUGAUUCCAGUCGCUGCUGCUGGACUGGUCACUCUGUUCCUCCAAGGAUUCAGUGGCGCGUCCUGCAGUCCUGGCUCAUCGACGAACACACCGAAGUCGGUAAAUUUCGCCCAGACCAGCAUUCUUAAAGAUGGACUUCUCAUUCCCGUGGGUCCUUUGAGCGCUGUGACGCCCAGGGCUCUGGCACUCGCGGCUGGGAUCGACGAAAGCAGUUUCCACUUGGUGAACAGUCUAUCCGAGUUCAACUCGUACGUCACGGAUAACUACGCGAAUGUCACGCCGGGCGGAUUCUUCCUCGAGCCUAAUGCCGCACCGACGUUUGCAUACGUCGCCGAUAACUAUCAGAUUUACUGGUCACUGCUCACCCAGAGCGUCUUGGAUGCCGUUCUCGCAAACACCACCAUCGCCACAACUUACCAGUCGUUUGCGGUUCCGUAUUCGCCCGGUGCCGGAGACACGCUGCAGCUUAUCCUCUAUUUCGGUCUGGCCAUGUGUGCCUUCACCGGUUUCUUUGCUCUGUAUCCGACCAUGGAGCGGAUACGCAAAGUGCGAGCCUUGCACUACAGCAACGGUGUUCGGGCUGCUCCUUUGUGGAUAGCGUACACGCUGUUCGACUUUAUCUUCGUUCUCCUCGUCUCGGCGCUCGUGACGAUCAUCUUCGUCCGUGCAUCCGACGUUUGGUAUGCGCCGGGCUACCUUUUUAUCGUAUUCUUUCUGUACGGUUUCACUUCGAUCCUGCUAAGCUACGUCGUGUCCCUCUUCGUCACCUCGCAGCUGGCGGCUUUUGCUUUCAUGGCCGGUGGGCAGGCUGUAUUCUUCCUCCUUUACUUCAUCGCAUACAUGAGCAUCCUCACGUACAGUCAAGCGGCGUACAUCGACCGCGACAUCAAGACGGCGCAUUUCACCCUUGGCCUGAUUACCCCUUCGGGCAACCUCCUCCGCUCUCUCCUGCUGUCUCUCAACUCGUUCUCACUCCUCUGCCGCGGGGAUUCGGUAGCCUCGUAUCCUGGCGCAAUCACCGUCUACGGCGGCCCGAUCCUCUACCUCAUCGGCCAAGCCAUCGUCCUCUUCACCAUCCUCGUCUGGUGGGACAGCGGCUACAAGCCCGCCUUCCUCCUCCGCUCAACCCACAAACACCCGCACGUCGAAGAAACCGGCGAACCCCGCGGCGCCGACGUCAUCGCCGAAACCCACCGCACCGAGCAGUCGACCGACCGCCUGCGCGUCCUCCACCUCUCCAAGCACUUCGGCAAGAACACGGCCGUCUCCGACCUCACCUUCGGCAUCCGCGCCGGCGAGACCUUCGCCCUCCUCGGCCCCAACGGCGCCGGCAAAUCCACCACCAUCUCCCUCAUCCGCGGCGACGAACGCCCCUCCUCGUCCCCCGACAACACCACCGGCGGCGACGUCCUCAUCGAAAACGUCAGCAUCACCCAGCACCGCUCCGCCGCCCGCGCCUUCCUCGGCGUCUGCCCGCAAUUCGACGCCACCGACGCCGGCCUCAGCGUCUCCGAGCACCUCCGCCUCUACGCCCGCAUCCGCGGCGUCCCCGCCGCGGGCGGCGCCCUCGCCGCCAACGUCACCGCCGCCCUCCGCGCCGUCGGCCUGCCCUCCGACCGCCACUCCGCAACCCGCAUGGCGUCGACCCUCUCCGGCGGCAACCGCCGCAAGCUCUCGCUCGCCAUCGCCCUCACCGGCAACCCCGCCGCCCUCGUCCUCGACGAGCCCUCGUCCGGCAUGGACGCCGCCGCCAAGCGCGUCAUGUGGCGCACGCUGCGCCCCGGCGGCGCCGUCGCCGCUCCCGGCCGCGCAUUGCUCGUCACGACGCACAGCAUGGAGGAGGCGGAUGCGUUGGCGACCCGUGCGGGCAUAAUGGCGGGCAGGUUGUUGGCGGUGGGGACGGCGGAGGAGUUGCGGGAGAGGUUUGCGGACGGGUGGGUUGUGCAGCUUGUUUUGGGGGAGGGGCUGAAGGGGGAGGGGGAGAUGGAGAGGGUGAAGGCGUGGGUGCGGGAGAAUGUGGCGGGGGCGGUGUUGGAUGAGAGGGUCGGCACGCAUGGGCAGUUGAGGUUCGUGGCGCCGUGGGGGAAGGGUGAGGGGAAGGGGGGAGAUGAUGACGACGGCCUUGCUACUAGCACUAGCGUGCAGAAGAGCGGGGGGAUUGCGGCGCUUUUUGGUUUGUUGGAGAGGAGCAAGGCGGAGUUGGGGAUCGCGUAUUAUUCGGUCGGGAGGACGACGUUGGAUCAGGUUUUCUUGAGUAUUGUCGGGAGGCAUGAUGUUCAGGAGGAGAGUUGA